AUGUUCUCUCGUCGAGCCAUCGGUUGCCCCUUGAAAGCCUCCAGACUUCGAUCCCAGCCUACCUCUUCAGCUUACCGUAUCUCUAAAUUCUCUUCCGGGGCUAUCCCACACAUCUACCCGUCCGCCACCACCACCCAAUCUAACAUCAGCCAAGCACGCAACAUGUCUUUCUUCCCACGUUUACCCGCCGGUGACUUCACCCCCCUUUUCCGUCUGCUAGAUGACUAUGAAAGCCACCGCUCCGGCGUCGAAUCCAACAGCCACUUAGGCGGCAUACGCACCUUCGCCCCCCGCUUCGACGUCCGCGAAGCUAAAGACGCCUACCACCUCGACGGCGAGCUGCCAGGCAUCAACCAAAAGGACAUCGAGAUCGAGUUCACAGAUUCUCAGACCCUCGUCAUCAAAGGCCGCUCGGAGCGCGAAUACUCCUCCUCUUCCAACGGUGAACCUGGCGAUAAGGGGCAGAAGAAACUACACCAGCCAACCGUUGAGGAUGAAUCUUCCACUUCCAUGACGAAGACGGGCGGCUCGUCUCAGGAGGUCGGCAGUGUUCGGGAAGGCGUCAAGUAUUGGGUGUCUGAGCGCUCGGUUGGCGAGUUCAGUCGGACAUUUAGCUUCCCGACUCGCGUUGAUCAGAAUGCUGUCAAGGCCAGUUUGAAGAAUGGCAUUUUGUCAGUUAUCAUCCCAAAGAUGUCAGCCCCCACUUCAAAGAAGAUUACGAUUGAGUAG